GAAGAAAGCUUUUUACUUCAAACUUGAAGACAUAAAACAACCAUCAUCAUACAAUUGCACGUAGAGAUUUGAGUAAAGGUUAAAAUUAUGUGUCGGUUUAUUUUUUUGUUUUUUUUUUUUUGAAAUAACGGUUGAACAAGGGGGAUUGCAUUUGAACAGUAUUUAACUCGAGUGUCAAAGAUUUGUUGAAACAGUUUUACCCUCAAAGACGAUUGGGUUGGGUGCAAAAGUAACGGUGGUGCGUUUCUUUUUCAAAAAAAGCACAAAGGCACAAGGGUGUUCUUUUUUAAUUCGAAGGAAUAUAAUAUUCGAAUCAAGUGUAUUGUUUUGGUGAAUUUUUAAAAAAGUUAUAUCCUGUUCCCGGGAACCAUGAAAACCCGUUGGAGUUUUGUGAUCGCCACAUUGUGCGUGUCCUACAUUAUAACUUUUACAUCUGCCAAAGCAUUAAUCGAUCAACAAGCAGAAGCUUCCCAAGCUGUCAGCGCAAGUGUAGCGCAACAACGAAUCGGUCAUAUCGAAGAUGAUGUUGUCGAUGUACACGACCAUCAUUAUCACGAACAUCAUCAUGACCCAGGCUAUUGGAAGAAGAAGGUAAUCUGGAAGGAAGGUUGGAAGAAAAUUUGGAAACCGGCAAAAAAACAAAUCUGGAAACCAUCAUGGAAGCAAAUUUGGAAACCAAUUUGGGUGCCUACAAAAGUUCCCGCCUGGAAGGAUAUUCAAGUUCCAGCAUGGAAACAAAUAUGGAAGCCAGUAUGGAAGGAAAUUCAAGUGCCUGCAUGGAAGGAAAUUCAAGUUCCCGAUUGGAAGAAAAUCUGGAAACCAAUUUGGGUGCCAACAAAAGUGCCUGCAUGGAAGGACAUCCAAGUACCUGAAUGGAAGAGAAUCUGGGUGCCGGUAUGGAAGGAAAUACAAGUUCCUGCCUGGAAAGAGAUUCAAGUUCCCGAAUGGAAGCAAUAUUGGACACCUGAAUGGAUAAAAGUUGGUAUUCCGGGUGAGAAAUUCUUGGGCAAAGAUCACGAAGGUUGGGAAUACACUAGUCACGAUCUGUGGAAGAAGAAAUUGAUCUGGAAAUCACAUUGGAAGAAAAUCUGGAAACCAGCGAAAAAACAAAUUUGGGUACCAAGCAAAAAGCUCGAAUGGAAAGAAGAAUGGAAACAAACAUGGAAACCAGCCAAAAAACAAAUCUGGGUUGACGAUAAGAAACUCGCAUGGAAGGAAGCAUGGAAACAAAUAUGGAAACCAGCUAAGAAACAAAUCUGGGUGCCUAGCAAGAAACUAGAAUGGAAGGAAGACUGGCAACAAAUCUGGAAACCAGCCAAAAAGCAAAUCUGGGUCGAAGACAAGAAGCUCGAAUGGAAGGAGGCGUGGAAACAAAUCUAUGUACCUGCCUGGAAGGAAAUUUGGGUUCCAGCAUGGAAGAAAAUCUGGAAACCAGUUGUCAUUUCUGAAUGGUUCCCAUCACCAGAUCAUCACGAUCUUCAUCAUGGCGGUGGCGGUGGUAUAGAAGGCGGCUGGGAUCGAAAAGGCAACGAUCCCAAGGUUUUAUGGAAACGAAGUGGUGAAGCAGCAGCCAAUCCACCACUUGAAGAAACCCAUAGCAGUAGUCCAGCUGUAGCAACUGGCAGUGCCCCGGCAACGGUGGCAGUCGAACCAGCGACACAGGCACAACCAGCAGCGCCGCAACAGUGAUCAGUCUUCAGGACUUCUAAAGGUCCCCUAAGUCUUAGAAAUAUAGGUUAUAGAUUAGGACUUCCUAAGUUAAUUUAAUUAAAAGCCCCCAUUCGAAGAGAUGAGUCACCAAGAGACUAUUUAUGCGCCAUUUUGGAAACAAAUCUUCCCUCUGUUCUAUAUAACUGUCAUUAUUUAAAAAUAACGUGUGCAGGCUGCACAUUGCUUUAAAAAAAUCCAUCCUUGUAAAUAAUUCAGUCGUUCAUAAGAUACCUUAAGGAAUAUUUUAUAAAGUUAUUAUUGUUGAUCUAGUAAUUUGUUAUAUGUGGAGUAAAUGCUUAAGUUAAGAAUUUAAUAAGAAAAAUAUGUAAUGGUAUUUUGUAGGAUAAAGAAAGGUCACAAGAAUAUACACAAAAACACACACCUAACAAGGGCUUUCCCGGGCCCCCAGCAACAAACGAUCCUAGACGAUUUUAUUCUUUUUUUUAAAAGAAAUAAACAAAAAUUAAAAAAUAA